AUGGCUGGUCUACAAAUCGAUGGAGAGGACGAUGAACUCCUACUGGAGGACGAGAUUACUGGUGACUCUUCUGUUGCGGCAGAUCUAUGCCUUGUGGGGCGGUUCCUUACAGACCAACCGGUGAAUUUCAGUCUGAUGCAGAGUCGCCUGGCUAGUCCUUGGGCUUUUGGAAACUUCCCUCUGAUUCUCCAUCAUCUCAGGAGGGGGGAGUUUCCGUUGAAGGUCCCUCUUGAUUAUUUACCCUUUUGGGUGCAAAUUCAUGAUUUGCCUGCUGGCUAUCUGACAGAGGGGAUUGGUAAGAUACUUGGAAAAUUUAUUGGUACUUUUUUGGAGUACGAUAGCACAAAUUCGACGGGGGUUUGGCGGCAAUACAUGAGGGUGAGAGUAGGAGUGCGAGUUGAUGAGCCUCUCAAAAGAUUUAAGAAACUGAAGAGUAAAGAGGGAGUCACGUUCAUGGUCAAUUUCAAAUAUGAACGUCUGCAUGUCUUCUGCUUCCUUUGUGGGCGCCUUGGCCAUUCGGAGAAUUUUUGUGAAUUGAUGUUCAAUGAGGAAACGAAGAGUCAAAAGAGGGAGUGA